CAUGGAGAGAAAUUAUUGACAGAAAGAUGACGUUGCUGUCCGAUCUCCUUCCUAUUCGGGAUUCCAGAUUUCUUUACGCUCUUCAAGGUGCCGACCUUGUUAGUGAUGAUGAACGUAAAGAAGUGAUUUCAUUGGGAACGAAAGCCGAACAAUUUGAUCGUCUGAUUGAAGUUAUGAGAGUGAAAGGAGAACCUUUGGAUUCGUUUGGCAGAUUUUUGGGAGUGUUGCAGAGUGAUCGGAAUUUGAAAUAUCUUGCGAAGGAACUUCAGGAGACAAGAAGUCGUGAGCAAUCAGAAAGUGACGAUGAACAUCCAAGUGACUUGAUUAGUGAUUUGAGGCUUUCUUGAAAUGUUGUCUUUGGAUGUAAUAAAAGAGGAAGACUUGGAAGCUUGAAGUAUCUUUGAACAAGCAGAAAGGCAAGGCAUUC